CGGGCUGCACCCUGAGGAUCUGAAAGAGGGCUCCGCGCCUGGCCGGACCCCACUGACAGAGCAGGGGGUAGAGACUGGAGGGGGUGCCGCUCGGGUACUGGGCCGCACGUGACCCAAGGAGUGGGCCGUAUGCAAAUUGCAUGCAAAUCAGUGAGUACGGAAGCGGCGACCUCCUGGCAGGCGGGGGACCCUCGUCGGGUUCCCAGGCCUAAGGGUCUGGUGGCCGGGUCAGGGCUCCCCUGAGGGAGGGGCCGAGUCUCGCCGCCCCCUCUCCCGACCCGGGACCAAGAGGGUCCUGGAGGGAGAACUCGCAGUUUGCGGCGGGGAGUCAGCCGCCCAGCGCCCCGCACCGCUCCGGCUCCCUCCGCCGCAGCUCGGGCGGGGGAGGUGUCGGGUUUCUGCCCCGACGCCAGGGGGCUAUAGUUAGCUGCGGGACUUCGCUGGUCGGCUGGACUCCGGGGACAAGCCUCGCUCGUCGCGACGCCCGCCGGCACCCGCCGCCGAGCUGAACCUUCCCGCUCCCUCGGCCUCCCCGACCUCCAGCUGACUGAAGACAGGACUCCGCCGCUGCCCCCGAGCCCCCGGCAUCCGGACCUCGCUCCCCUGGCUCCCCCAGGGAUGCUGCUGGCUGCCCUGCUGCUCACCCUCAGCUGCCUUGGCCUUCACCCCCUCCGGCAGGCCCAGGCUGUUCCCAUCCUGCCACUGGGCCUGGCUCCAGACACCUUCGAUGAUGCCUAUGUGGGCUGCGCAGAGGAGAUGGAGGAGAAGGCAGCCCUUCUGCUGAAGGAGGAGAUGGCCCACCAUGCCCUGCUGCGGGAAUCCUGGGAGGCUGCCCAGGAAGCCUGGGAGCAGAAGCAGCAAGGGCUCACACUGCCCCCUGGCUUCAAAUCCCAGCAUGGAAUUGCCGUCAUGGUCUAUACCAACUCAUCUAACACCUUGUACUGGGAGCUGAACCAGGCUGUUCAGACAGGCGGUGUCUCCCGGGAGUCCUACAUGAGGCACUUCCCCUUCAAGGCCCUGCAUUUCUACCUGACCCGGGCCCUGCAGCUGCUGCAGGGGAGUGAGGGCUGCAGCAGGGGACCUGGGCAGGUGGUGUUCCGAGGUGUAGGCACCCUUCGCUUUGAACCCAAGAGGUUGGGAGACUCUAUCCGCUUGGGUCAGUUUGUCUCCAGCUCCCUGGAUGAGGUGGUGGCCCACAGAUUUGGCAAUGCCACUUUCUUCUCCCUAAGGACUUGUUUUGGGGCCCCUAUCCAGGCCCUGUCUGUUUUUCCCAAGGAACGUGAGGUCCUGAUUCCUCCCCACGAAGUCUUCUUGGUCACCAGUUUCUCCCAAGAUGGAAUCCGGAGCGUAGUGACUCUCUGGAGUUACAAUAAGACCUGCAGCCACUUUAACUGUGCCUAUCUGGGUGGGGAGAAGAGGCGGGGCUGUAUGUCUGUACCAACAGGGGAGGCAGCCAGAUUUACCCUCCAACCGGGCCUUCUCUCUGCUCUCCUGGACAGCCCUGCUCUUGGCUCCUGUGGGGUUCCAGCUCUCAGGAGCUGGGCCCUUGAAAGUCCAAUGCCUGCCACUUAGGAGUCUUGGGAACUGUUGACCUUCAUAUGAAGAAGGGGGCCUUCGAGCAGCCUUGAGAAGCAGGAACAUGGUUUCAUACCCAACUCUAGAAGCCAUCUCCCCAACCAGGAUGCGGGGGAAUCUGAGGCCAUGGAAGGGUGGAGGAAACCUCGCUAUGUGGCAAGGACUCCCUGGGACAAGUAAGGGUAGUACUGUGAUGACCACUUGAUUAAACAGUGUUGGAGUGUGGUGACAUUGAA